GUAUGAAAAAAAAAAAAAAAAAAAAAUACCUUUUUUUCGUCCUUUUUCCGCUCGUAAAAAAUAUGCUAGCACCUUUUGGGAUUUUCCAACAGAAUUGGCAAACCAUAUGCAUCUCUAGCGCGGGCGAAUGCACGUCAUUCCCUUUUGCAACUCAUCUUAGCACAUAAAUAAAUGAAGCUUUGCAAUGAUCUGCCAAGAGAAGGGGAAAAAAUAAGUAUUAUUAUACAUACGGAAGGUGCCCACCCCGGUAGGGAGCAUUUUCCACUUUAUCCCCCCCUCUGAAUGAAGCUACGCGUUCGUAAAUUGUUGCCUUCGAAAGGGCCUUUUUCCCCUUUUGGAAAAGCGUUAAGCGGCGUGUUGAUCGAUUCAUCGCUUCGCAGUUUCGCAUUUGUUGUUUUUUUCCUUUUUGUUUUCUUCUUUUUUGUGUUUUCUUUUGCGUUCGUCCCGCUCAGCCCCUGGAAUGACUCCCCCCCUUCCCUCAUGUGACUUGCGCCGACCGGUAGCACGCCCUCCCCGACGAAGAGAAGAAUGACAGGAUGAGUGCCAACAUUAAGGACCUCAUCAAGCAGGAGAAGGAGAGAAGGAAGUUGCUUAGGGAGGAAAGGAAAAAAGCGGAAAGGGUGAAGCAACCAGUAGGGGGGGAAGAUCCCCCGAUUGGGAAAGACCUCCCGGGGAACUAUUACACAGAGAGCGAGCAACAGGACAGGCUCUUUUUAAAAAUUCAAAAUAACUCCGAACAUGGUAGCGUUACGCAAAAGUACAACGAUGUAGAAGAACAGUUGGGUGAGGUUGGCCAGGGGAGAAAACCAUCCGGCGACAGGGCCAACAGUGAACAAGUGACUAGGCAAAAAACAAGUGACAGUAAAAUCGAUAAAAGGGUGCACUUCGCCGAACCAACUGCUCCACUAAACAGGCUAAAUAAAAACAACAAUUUUAGGGAUGCCUUUUUGGACUAUAGCAAUGAGGAGCAAAGCGAAAAUUCAGAAGGAGCUUCCAAAAAGGGGGGGGGUGAAAAAAAUGUUCAGGUCGACCUGCCUGCAGAUUUUUUCGACUCCAUAGUGACCUUAAAUCAUAGUAGCAGUGAAAAGAACAGCAAGAGGGGUACCCCUCCUAUGGAAGGAUCCCCUGGUGGGAAGAGAAAAGCAGAUCAAAGUGAGCCCUCUUCCGAAGGGGAAGCAGUCAAUAGGGUACCUCUCCACUAUGGGUUUAGCGAAGAGAAUGAAAUAUCAAAUGACAGGUGUGCCUCAUCGAAGGAGAUAGACGAUGGAACCCCUCCCAUAGGGAAGCAAAGUGAAAACCAAUUUGACUUAAAAAACGAACCAAAUGUUGAAGUGAUCGAAACGUACGAAAUUACGGAGGACAUUCUUGGAAGUGCAGAGCUGGUGGAAAAUGAAAAAUUUCACAGGCAAAUAAAAAAAAAAAGGAAGUUGCUCCAGGAGGGGGAGUACCAUUUGGAUGAUGAAGAAAACGAUGAGGGGGGUACCUCCAAAGGAGGGGAAAGAACCCACAGAAGGGACAUAUCAAGAGGAAAUGUAGAUCAAUCCGAUGGAGAGGGAGAACAAGGAGACCCCAUUAUGAACCUAUUCACUACCAAUUUAGAAGAUUUGACAAACUACAAACUGCUAGACACGGCUUACUACGAAGAAUUGGACUACUUACACAAAAUUUUGGUGGAAAAAAAAAAAUACAUUUUAGGAGACAAAUAUGAUGAGGAGAAGGAAGAAAGUGAAGAGAGAGAGGUAGAAGUACUUGAAGAAUUGAACCAAUUUCGAAAAAAAAAAAAAAAAAUGGAAAAGGGAAGAGACGAUGAAGAGGGGAAUGAUCAUGACAGCCAUUUUAACAUUGACGAAAUUUACGACCUGUUAAAGUUAAAAAGGGGCAUGAAGGAAGCUGAUGGGAAAAUUGCACACAUAUUUGGAAACACGCCAAGUAGGAAGCGAGCGGAUGAGAACCGGGACGAGGGGAAAAAGACAAACGAAUAUGAAAAUUUGCCCAGGGGAUUUUUCGACGAUAAAGAAAAGGACAUUCUCGUGAGAGAAAAUAUUUCGCUGUCUAAGAUAAACCAAAAGAUUGGGGAAAUUAAAAAACAGAAAAAGAACAUUUUGCUGGAGUUUAAAACGAUGGAAAAGGUGUACGAGGAGAAGAAGAACAGCUACAUCGAUUACCUGUAUGAUGAUAAGUUUGACGACAAGGAACAAAUUUUGAAUGAAAUUGUGAGGAAGUCGACCAGCCGGGGGGCCGCAGAAAUGGACGGCCUGAACUGUGCACAAAGGAAAGAGGAGCAGAAAGAAGGGAAAAAAGGAAGGAAGAAAGGAAGGAAGAAGGAAAAGAAGCAAGAAAAGAGAAAUGCCAAUACUUUCCAGCUUGAUGACGAGCAUGGGGACAUUUUCCACUGGAGGAAGAAAAGCCUUUUUUAA